AUACAUCAUGCUGCAAUAAUGCGAUUGUGGAAUUAGUAUUGAAUAAUCGGUUGUGCCCGCUAUUUGCUUUUUAAAACCGGCCUAAGUUUGUCAACUGUGUAUAAGACAGGGAAGAGAUCCACAUUCAUUCUGUAUGUAUAUUGGUUCUGACAAUUGAGCCUCUCUUAUCAGCUUGGAUGGUUUGACCUGUAACUUGCUAGAGAACUAUAUAAGAGCUCCCUAAGCUGUUCGUGUGUUCAGGGGAGAGACUUUGCACACUCUUAAGCAUUUUCUACCUCCCUUUCUUCAGUUCUCUUUCAGUGCCUUCCUCGUUUAGCUUCAGUUUCUGUGAAACUGCGAGCACUCUUCAAUGGCUCGUUACAGUGAUGAGGAACAGGAAACGAAGGAGUUGGAUAUUAGAAGCUUGUCAUCCUCACGCUUGUCAUCCUCACAGCGCCAUACGCAGAAUUUGCCAUAUAUUCACAAGGUGGGAGUGCCCCCAAAGCAAAACAUUUUCAAGGAGUUCAGGGACGUUGUCAAAGAGACAUUCUUUGCUGAUGAUCCUCUACGUCACUUCAAGGACCAACCCAGGUCUAGGAAAUUCGUAUUAGGCAUGCAAGCCAUCUUCCCGAUUCUUGAAUGGGCACGAAGGUACAAUUUGUCAAAAUUCAGAGGUGACCUUAUUGCUGGACUGACCAUUGCAAGUCUUUGCAUUCCUCAGGACAUUGGGUAUGCAAAUCUUGCGAAUUUAGAUCCACAGUAUGGGUUGUACUCCAGCUUUAUUCCACCACUGGUAUAUGCCUGCAUGGGUAGUUCACGAGAUAUAGCUAUAGGACCAGUGGCUGUCGUGUCUCUUCUGUUAGGCACACUCCUUCGGAAGGAGAUUGAUCCUGUUAAAAAUGCUGCCGAAUAUCGCCGUCUUGCAUUUACAGCUACUUUUUUUGCUGGAAUUACCCAAGCAGCACUCGGAUUUUUCAGAUUGGGUUUUCUAAUUGACUUCCUAUCCCAUGCUGCUGUUGUCGGUUUUAUGGCUGGGGCUGCCAUUACAAUUGCGCUGCAGCAACUAAAAGGUUUUCUUGGCAUCAGGAAUUUCACAAAGCACACUGAUAUUGUUUCUGUGAUGCACUCAGUUUUCGGUUCAAUCCAUCAUGGAUGGAACUGGCAGACUAUAGUCAUUGGAGCGAUCUUUUUGGCUUUCCUUCUGUUUGCAAAGUACAUUGGAAAGAAAAACAAAAAAUUCUUCUGGGUACCUGCAAUAGCUCCGCUCAUCUCUGUUAUCUUAUCCACCUUUUUCGUUUUUAUAACUCACGCAGAGAAACAUGGAGUCCAAAUUGUGAAGCAUAUAGAAAAAGGAAUCAAUCCUUCAUCGGUGGAUGAAAUAUACUUCAGCGGUGAUUAUCUUGUAAAAGGUCUUAGGAUUGGCAUUGUGGCUGGUAUGAUAGCGUUGACGGAAGCUGUAGCUAUAGGAAGAACAUUUGCUACCAUGAAGGACUAUCAGUUGGAUGGGAACAAAGAAAUGGUUGCACUUGGAACGAUGAAUAUUGUUGGCUCGAUGACCUCCUGCUAUGUUGCAACAGGUUCCUUCUCUCGCUCUGCGGUAAACUACAUGGCCGGCUGCCAAACUGCCGUGUCGAACAUCAUAAUGUCCUGUGUGGUGUUCCUAACCUUGGAAUUCAUCACCCCCCUUUUUAAGUACACCCCAAAUGCCAUUCUUUCUUCCAUCAUUAUCUCAGCAGUCAUUGGCCUUAUUGAUGUUGAGGCAGCAAUUUUGAUAUGGAAGAUUGACAAACUGGACUUCAUUGCUUGUAUGGGAGCAUUCUUCGGCGUGGUUUUCGCCUCUGUUGAGAUUGGUCUCUUAAUAGCAGUCUCCAUAUCCUUCGCUAAAGUCCUCCUACAAGUCACAAGGCCGAGGACAGCAAUCCUUGGGAGGAUUCCCAGAACAAAUGUUUACAGGAAUAUCCAACAAUAUCCAGAAGCAACUAAAGUUCCGGGUAUUUUGAUCAUUAGAGUUGAUUCUGCAGUCUAUUUUUCCAACUCAAACUAUGUCAAGGAAAGGAUUUUGAGAUGGUUGACCGAUGAGGAAGACCAAUUGAAAGCGUCAUGUCUACCUAAAAUCGAAUUUUUGAUUGUCGAGAUGUCACCUGUUACCGACAUUGACACUAGCGGCAUCCAUGCCUUUGAAGGGCUGCACAAGAGCCUUCAAAAGAGAGGCGUUCAGCUUGUUCUGGCAAAUCCCGGACAGGCGGUGGCCGAGAAGCUGCACGCAUCCAAAUUCCCCAGCCUGAUCGGCGAGGACAACAUCUUCCUCACCGUAGCAGACGCCAUCCUAACCUGUUCAUCCAAGAAGAUUGAAGAGGCUUGAGUUGCAGAUCACAACAAAACCAAAAAACCUAAUGCAAUUCAAGGAGAUUCAGUGUGUAAAGACAAAACAGAUGAUUUCAAAGAGAUGCUGCUUGUUGGGUAGUGGCUGGGGGAAACAAUGCGUUCUGCAUUCUGCAUUCUGCCCACCAAUGGGACUGUGUACGGACUCGUCUUUAGUUAUAGCCCUUGUGUUGUGCUCAUAAAGCUCUGAUCUUUUUACAAAAAUGGUAGUGCUAGCUGUGACCUGUAUCAAAUGGCAAGCAACUGUCUUUUUCUUC